AUGCUUUCGCGAUCUUCCAAAGGUGUCGCGGGGCUUCUGAGCUGCCCGAUACCCCCUUCAAGCAGAAAAUGUUCGUCGCCAUCGACUCUUCGACUACGCGACGUUUUUGUCCGGUCCCAGCAUACGGACGGCGAAUCAGAAAAUGAUAGCACAGAGAGCGCAGAUAGCGCAGAAAACAUAGAAAGCACAGAAAACACAGAGAGCACGGAAUCUCGACCGCGCCGAUACAGACGCAGAUUCAAACCUCAGACGACGCCAAAGAAAGAAUUUGACAAGGUACCGAUUAAUGUAUCUUCCUUGGGAAAUCCUGGUGAAGUAGUUGUCGUACCGCCUCCGAAGCGUCGCCGCUUUGCCUGGCUCAAAAAUCCGCAAUAUCGCAUCGACCAAGACACGAAAACUGCACUGCCGUUUAUGCUGAACGAUAUAGAGAACGACGACCUCCUCGAUAGCGAUCUAAUUACAGAACGAAUCGAAAGUUUCCGCGCACAUUAUCGGCCGGGAGAUAAAUUGAGUCCCACCGAUUGGGAGAAUCUUCGAUCAGGUUUCCAGACAUCGUUUACAAACCAGCAACUGUCGGACUACAUUGAGCAGUUUAAGGCGGAAGACACAGUGCCAGAAGAGGGCUUAAUGCUUCAUGGAGGAGCAAAACUUGCGGAAUGGAGGCCGGGGACUUCGGCAUUUUUUGAAACGGAGUCGGCCCCCCAGGCGGGCGCCGCUAAAAGAGUUGCAAAAUCGCUAGAUCUGAGAGGCAAGUAUGUGCUCACUGAGCGGAUACUUCGCGACUGCUGGCACCUUGGGCUCAUUGGCGAGGUCGGCCAGCUGGAUGUUCGUCUUCCCGCCCAUUCACUAUCGUUAUUUCUACACUCCGAGCACUUUUCCUUCGAGGAGCUGGCUGGUCUUCACGAUGCGAAGAUUGAUAUCACCCAUUCGCUUGGUCUUGUUCGCAUCACCGGGAAGCAGCAUUCUUGUGAAUUCAUCCGUGACAUCAUAUACGACGCCACGACCAGGAUACGAGAGGAGGAUCUUGAACUGUACCCUCCUGGCGCUACUCCGAAAGGCAAGAAUCGUGUUUUCACCGCCGAUUUCUUGUCAUGGAUUAGCAAGACUUACGGUGUCUCAUUCGACCUGACCACCACUACACCAACUAAGCUGUUUUACCUUGCCGAAAACAAACCGAAAGCGGACAGUGCUCGAAGGACAUUGAAUUUGGCAAUUCACGAUGCCACUCAGCCUCCGAUACCAUUCGGCACUUAUAUGCCAGCCUCGGAACCUGUCGACACCUACGACAUCAAUCCCGAACUCAAUGUAUCAUGGUUCGAUCGACAGAAGUCAUGGUUCCGCUGGGCCGUACCGUCGGCGCAAACAGCCCCGUCGAGCAUGUCAGACGCACCAUUCUUCAGUAAACACGAAAUGCGCCUAUCAGACGAACUCCUUAAACUUCUGCGAGCAAGAGCUCGCACUAAACUCGGAAACGCAGAAGCCCACGAGAGCAUAACAGCAGCCGUCGGCCGGUGUCUCUUUGAGCACAAACCGUUCGAAGGGAAAGCCAUCACCGCCGCCCAACUAGGCAAAAUGGCACCUCCACGAACUUUCACAACUGACAUCCCCCGAGUAAUUCCAUUUCUGCACCAGCUCACCGCAGAUUACCCAGAGGACGAAGAAAUCCAGCCGCACCGUCUCCGCCUAGUCCCAUCCGCAAUCCACGCCCACAUCUUCCCCCAACUUGAGCUCGAAGUCGCCAUAGCCCCAGGAGGUUUUGAAUACAACGUACAAAACGCCAAAGCGAUCCUCUCCCAAAGCAGCGUCGACUACCUCCUCCCCGAAAGCGGCCUCGAUCUUCGCUUCACCCGGAAAUUAACCCACGACGUACUGGACAGCUUCGGCGAGGACGCCCCCCUGCAACCCCUCCAGGACUCCCUGCAGGAUUUCUUCUCCAAAGCCGUGAUCUACGAGGGCGAAACUCCUCUCCCGGCCUUUUCGCAGCUCUCCAUCCCCAACCAUCUCUUGGUUGAGACGGGCGAAGAACGCGAUCCCGAUGGCUUCACUACGGCGGAGUACAUGUAUCUGCCCGUCAACGAUUUUCGGGGCACCCGUCUCCAUCAGUAUAACUAUGAGGGUCAUAGGCUUAAUUACUCUUUCUAUGAAAGUGGACCUUUUAGUCCUCAUCGUACGACGGAUAUCUUCUUGGAUAUGGAUGUGGAUGGCUCGGAGGAACAGUCUCCUUCGGAGAAUGGGGACUCACAGGAGCCUGUUCAGCAAGAGUUUGGUUCUUUCUAUAAGGCGGCUUGCUCUUUGGCGUUUGAGUUGGAUAGAUCCGGACGUGUGAUGUGA